ACACCAGUGCUCCCCACCUUUACAGCUGCUCGUCUCUUCCACCCCGAGGCGCGUCGAGUGCUGAGUUUGAUGCUAACUGACGCUUUUCCUGGUCCGCCAGCGGUUUAUUGUCGCUGUUAUUAUGGUAGAGAAGUCUGUUGUGACUGGAGCUUGAAAGAAGGAUUAUCCUUUACUUGCGUGGUGUUUUUAAAAAGGCACUAGAUUCUCACGAAGCCACACAUUUACUGCUGUUAUUGGCUGAAGUGACGGGAAGGUUGUUCCACCUCCGCAGCGUUAGCAUCCUUGUUAUUCGAUGCUAAUAAUUAGGCUAAUUCAGGUCGCGUGCACUUCCUAACUGAAUGAGGUGCGGUCCCCUGCCUUUGCUGUUUUGUAAGUGCUGCUGCUGCCGGGAUGGGCCAGCAGAUCUCAGGUCAGUCGGUGAUGACCCGUCUGCCUGAGAAGCUGGUGAAACACGUCGGCCUGGUGCGUGACAGUGGCUACCUCAACUACGAGGAGUUCUUGGGACGAGUGGCCGAGCUUAAUGACGUUACGGCCAAGCUUGCUGCCGGACAGCAGAAGCACCUGCUGUUUGAGGUGCAGCCAGGAUCUGAUGCAACAGCCUUGUGGAAGGUGGCCGUCAGGAUCGUGUGUACCAAGAUCAACAAGGAGAAUGGUUCGUUGGAAGCAUCACGGAUCAUGAACCUGUACCAGUUCAUCCAGCUGUACCGGGACAUCACCAGUCAGGCUGCUGAGGUGCUGUCUGCAGAGGGCGCCAUCCAAGGCCCGUCUGGCCAGCUCCCUUCCACAGGCUCCUGCCAGGCCAGCAUGUGGAUGGGCAGAGUGAAGCAGCUGACUGAUGAGGAGGAGUGCUGUAUCUGCAUGGACGGGAAGGCCGACCUCAUCCUGCCCUGUGCGCACAGCUUCUGUCAGAAGUGCAUUGAUAAAUGGAGUGGGCAGAGCCGAAACUGUCCGAUAUGCCGCCUGCAAGUGACUGCUGCCAAUGAAUCGUGGGUAAUGUCAGAUUUUCCCACAGAGGAUGACAUAGCUGGCUAUAUCCUCAACUUGGCUGAUGAGGCAGGCCACCCACACAGGCCUUAACACACCGAGCCAAUAAGAUGCUACAUAAGGGACAUUGACCCUUACCAAGUAGACUUCACUACACAAAAUGUCACUUUUGAAUGAGGCGGAGAUUUUUUUUCUCUUUAAUAGCUAACAAUGCAGAGGAAGCCCCUUUGGUUUCCUAAUCUUCACGUUCUGACAUGUUUGGAACAUGAAACCAGUAACCAAACAUUUAACAGGUUCCCUCUUUCUAGCAGACUUCCUGGAAAUUAUCCACAAAAUGUCCUAAAACUGGCUCUUAUCUAACUGUAAAUCACCAGUAUUUUUCUAUGAAAUGUCGACACAAUUUAGUACUAAUUUUAAGGGAAAUGGAGAUGGUCUUGCUGCUGUUGUUGAGCACUUGCUUGUUCUAUUUGUGAAGGAAAAUAAGAAAUGAUGUAGUAGGUAUGUAAAAAAUACUUCUAUCAACUGACUGAAGUAUAACUGUGAGGUCUCUGAAGUUUUAUUGCAUGUAGCGUUUUAUUUGUUUGUCAUCAUUCCUAUCGGUUUGAGACACAAAACUAAGGAAUUUCCAACGCAGAUGGAAAGUACAGAUUAGCCUGGAUUUACCCUGUGUGUGUGUGUGUAGAUAUAUAUAUAUAUUAUAUAUAUAUAUAUAUAUAUAUAUAUAUAUAUAUAUAUAUAGAUAUAUAUAUAUAUAUAUAUAUAUAUAGAUAUAUUAUAUAUCUAUAUAUAUAUAUAUAUAUAUAUAUAUAAAUUACCCAAUGGAUCUAUGAUUUAUGGCCUUUGAAAGAUGAAUCCAAAUAUGGAUUUAUCUGUUAGUCUCCCUAGAAAACUGAGAUAGAGGAUAUUAGUUUUUUUUUAACUUGCAACCAUUUUUUUUUAAGCAGGACAUUGUGAUUUACAGCUAAAUACCAGCUAAAUUGUAGGGCAUUUUGAGUAACGUUUUCAGGAAAUUAGCUGUAAAAUAUAUGAUCAGUAAAAUAAUGUGUUAACACUCGACUCACUUAAAAUUCCAGGAUGCUAUUUGUAACCCAUGUAUUGUAGAUGUGGUGCUUUAUGGGAGCUGUGUGUGAUAAUUUAUAGUCUAAAGUGAAAAUUCUGUAUUUUCAGUAUAUUAUAAUAAUGAUAAUAAUCUAAUUCAACACACAGAAUAACCAGGAGCACAGCUCUUACAGUACAAAAACACUUAGGUCCAGACAAACUAGACACUUUAAAAUAUGAAUGCUGAUCUGAGGUGAAGUUUGUCAUGUUAAUAUCACACAAAAGAGGUGAACUCAUAUCAGCUCUCAUAUCAAGGGAGGGCUGAUGAAUAUGACUCCUAGCAGAGAUUUGAUUGAAAUGUUUGAUAGCACUCUUAUAUCUGUCUUACCUGUCUCUGGUUACCUGACAACAUCUCAGAGCCAAGAAAUAGUCUGGCCCACAACAUAAAACAGCCAACUGACAAGGUUCUAUUGUAAUUUUUUGUGGAUAUGUUGAUAAGUGAGAUUUAGAGGUGCAGGCUGGAGCUGUCUGUGUAACUUACAGAUUUGAGAGUGGUGUCGAUCUUCUCAUCCGACUCCAGCUGAUAACAAAUAAACAUGUUUCCUGAAAUGUAGAACUUUGGCUUCAUGUGCAAAUCUAAGACACUGACACGCGACUUUUUUCCUUCAGAGUAUCUGGUCAAACAGUGAAGCCAAAUGUAUUUUCCACAUGUAAAACUGAGCUGUAGUCUGUGUAAUGUAACCCUGCAUGUUUAUACCCCAGAUGACACGCCUUAUAAGCUGUCAUGUGAACAUGUUAUAAACUGAUGCUCUGAUCCACCUCGGACCUGACUCUCUGGGUGUACAAGACUAAUUAGUUUUACAUGAUUUUAUUAACUUGGCUGGCUGUGCUGUCUUUUUUACUCUUGGAAUUAACCACUAUUUGUGAUCUUUGCUGUUCUCAUCUUUAAAUGUUUUAUAGAUAUAUUUUUUCCAUUAAAUAAUUAUACAGUAUUACGAUUAUUUUAUUCAGAGUGCUGGAGUAGUACUGUUUUUCAUAUUUCCAAAGCUGUUUGUUUGCUUUGAUUUGUCAUGCCAUUAAUUCAAGAUUUAUUGAGAUGGGCAGCUUUUAUUUACACUGACCUCUUAUAGGAUCACAGUGAUGCAGAAGAUUUUCUUUUCUUGUUUCCAAAUGAGUGAAAUCACAGGAAGCACUUUUAGGAGUGGUUGUGAUUUAUGUGAAGUGGAUUCCACGCUGAUGUUUUUGAAGAAAUGUGAAUAUGUAUCAACCUAAUUUGAAUUAGAUUCAUAAACUUAUGUUUUAAUAAAGUCUAAUGCUUUAUUUAAAGAUGUAGAAUAAUUAAUUGCUAAUAGUUUUUGUUGACUGAGUCAAAUUUGCAUUUGAUUGCAUUACAUUUAGAAAUUUGUUUUCCCGGCAUGAGACAAUAGCUUCACUAUUAUUUAACAAAAAUCGGACAUAAGAAUUUUACACAGUAGUCAUUUACUAUGUAGCAUUUCAUUUCUCUUCUGUUAAAAGACCAAAAACAUGAUAUCUUAUUGCACAAAAAGUAAUUUUUGGUUGUUGAUCCUGACAAAUCGCACCUUAAAACCUGUAGCUUUCCAUCAGUGUAUGUGCACUACAACAGCAGUUGAUUUUAUCUCUGUGGUGUAGAAUAGAAUAUAAUCUAAUGGCACUGUAGUUCAGUAAAAAUGAUGUUGAGGUGUUUUUCACCAAAUGAAUCAAGAGUUUGACCAGAGGCCUUCUGCUCUGCAGGCCACAUGACUGCGUGGUCUGAAGACAAAUUUAUUAAAAAAUAUAUAUUUAAAAAAUGAAUGUUCAAUUAAGUUCCAAGGUCAUGUUUCAUAAUUCCAAUAUAUGACUGAUAUUAUUCAUUUAUUGCAUCUGAGCCUACAUACGGGACAUUCUAUGUAAAUGUCUUUGAAUAUGCCCUAAUCACUCAACCUGCUGUGUAAUGUAAUGUUGAAUCCAAAAGGUGGAAGCAUCGUCCUAUAACUUUACUGAUAACUGUUCUGGAAUCAUUGGAGGCAUUUCAUUUACAAAACUGAAUGGAAGGUGUAUGUAACCUGGUUUUGUUCACACUGUAUAAUCCUUAAUAAAGAGGUACUUGCUUGUU